CCUUAUCGCGCCCCCCGCUCCGCCCUCACCGUGACGUCAUCGAGGCGGCCAUUUUCAAACCCCAGCAGUAAGGAUGGCGGUGCUGCGGCCCUUCGAUAAGCUGCCGGACCUCAACAGCGCCACUAUACUGCUGGUGGGCACGGAGAGCGGCGUGCAGCGGCAGCUCGCCGAGGCCUUACUGCGGGAGAAGAAGGACUUCUGCAUCAACAUCCACCUUGCAUCGUCCCUCCCCUUACCUUCAGAGAGGGAUCACCUUCGGCCCAGGAUAGAUAUGAUUGCAUUUGUUAUUGACAUCAAGAGCAAACGCAGCUUGAAGACUGUUCAAGCUUCACUCGCUUAUGUGGAUGUCAGAUUCUUCCUGGGAAAAGUGUGCUUCCUUGUCACUGGGGUUGGCAGAGUGAAGAGCUGCAGCAUAGAUAUGAACGCCAUCUCGAAACUGGGAGAUGUCUACUGCAGUCCUGUGAUAUACUGUGAGCUGGAGCUGGAGAGGAUACGAGUUGCCACCGCUCAGCGACUUCUCCGGAUAUUACAGAUCUGUUCUGGUCGUGUAGCAGGAGUUACUCCCUUGUACUUCAGCUUGCUGAUGAGGAGCAAUGCUGGUGAUUAGCCUCUUGAUGUGAGAAUUUAUCCAGAUUCAUCGUUAUUUUUUUUACUUCUAAGCAUUUAAGCUGCUGCAGUUGGAAUUGGGAAGCUUUCUUGCCAGAUUUGCCACUCAUCCAGUGCUGUUUGUAGUUGCUAGUCUAUAAAAAAAAAAAAAAAAAUCUUGGUUCUCUUUGAGUGAAUAAGGUAUAGGUGAGGAGAGGGUAGUUUGAAAUAGUGAUCCCUAUCUGUUGUUACAUUUGAAUGCUAUUAUGUGAUGGAUUUUUGGGUUUCAGCCACUUUGCUGGUGGCCAGGAGCUACAUAUUCUGAUACUCUCAGUAAAACAGGCCACUAUCCCAGAUGCUGCUUAUUGUGGUUGAGUGUCUUAAUUUCUGUAGGCAGCAGGGGAGGCAGGAGGCUUGUACUUCCUUAACAGAAAUAUAGCACCUUAGACUAAUGCAGAACCUCACUGCAAAUUUUGCUUCCCCUCCAAGAGAGUAACAAGGAGAAAGGCAGUCCUUUGGCUUCAAGAUAUCCUGCAAUUGGCAGUUAAUGAUCCAGCUGUGUGAGCAUCUGCCCACUGAAGGGCUCAGCAUUUCCAUGCCCGGCACAUAACUAGAGAGGAAGGGACUGAAGAAGAUAAUCUAACACUUUAGCUUUCUUUGAAAUCUUGAGAGGAAAAAGAGGCUUUAUCUCUUAAGCCCAGAAUAAUGUGAUUUCAGCAUCUGUCGAGUGUGCUACUGCAAGUUGGCUACUGGGAACCAAGGACAGAUUUUUCUGAAGAUGUCAAACUUUCAAUGAGUUAAGAAAUGAGGAGGGCUGUAAUAGAGUGUGGCAGUCCUUGGGUUACAGCCCUUACAGGCAGGCCACAGUGGGAGAAACGUGCAGCUGCUAGUGAAAAUCAGCCCUGCCCCCAGAUAGAAAAGGCACAGGAUUGUUUUGUUUUUUUCCCCUCUCUCAUGCUUCCAGAGAAUCAAAUCUGAGAAUAAUGGAAGUUGCUGGCUUCCAGCAAACCUCUACAAAUUGGGCAGUUCAGCUUCAGAAAGCUGCAGGACUGCACUCGUCCUUCCAGCAUCUGUAUGGCUGAGCCUCUGCACUCUGUGGCUGACCAGAGAUGAAAGCCAACUGGAUUAUAGCAGUGUACUGAAAACACACAGUGACUCCUGCAAGUUGGGCAUGUGAUAUGUACAAUUACUUAACUAAUAGCUUCCUAGCAGCAGUAAUUUGUGUUUAUUCUGCCAGUUAAUAGUGUGUUUUGGAGUUUUAAAUUAAUAAAAUAUAUAAUGUUGAUCUGUA